AUGGCAAAUCAACAGCAGCCGCGUCCCCUGUUCCGAUUUGCUUCCAUGUUUCGCCCUACGGCUCCGGCGCCGGCACCGGCACCGGCACCACAGCCGACUCGCCCGCCUGCGCCUGCCGCAGCUACGGCACCACAACAGCCAGUUCGGCCGCCCCUGGCUGCCGCCUCAUUUAGGCCCCCGGCGGCGACUACUACUGUUCGGCCAACUCAACCUCAAGAAUCCACCCCUCCACCGCCGUCACCGCCACAACCCGCCGUAGCAACGUUGUCUCCGGUUAAACCGUCACCGCCGUCCCCACAGCCGCCACCCACACGUUCUCCUCUUCAACGUUCCUCUGUUCCUGCUUCUCCGACGAGGUCCCCUGUUCCAGCUCCUUCUCUGCCUCUUCGAACACCUUCACCACCAUCGCCGCCGCCGCCGCAACCAAAACCCGCCGUUACACUGUCGCCGCCGUCACCAACUCCGAGGUCUUCUCCUACCAUACGUUCCCCAAUUAUGGCUUCCGCUCAGCGCUCCCCUGCCUCAGUUUCACCGCCGCCGCCGCCAAUGUCUCCUCCUCCACCACCGGCAGCUUCACCGCGAAUCCCCUCUCCUGCCUAUUCUCCGGCAGUUAAGCAGUCGCCGCCGCCGCCGCCAGCCUCUUUUCCAACCGGGCCCAGAUCUCCUCCAACUAGAAUUACUUCAUCGGUUCCAACUUCUCCGGUUCAAAAGCUACCAGACCCAAUUACUCAAUUCACUUCCUAUUCUCCAAAACCCAAAGUUCAGAGUCCCCCUCAACCAUUCCAGAAUUAUAAUCCCCCGCCCAAACCAGCUUCUCCGGUGAGAGCUCCACCGCCAUCCCCAAAAACUAUUGAGCCUUUUAUGAAAACAGCUCAAAUCACGCCCAUGUCCCCUCUAAAACUUCCCAAACCGGCCCAAACACAGUCCGAUUCGGAAUCUGAACCAAAAAUUCCGAUUGAUCAGAAAACAGUGGUGGUUCAAGAAACCACAGAACGAAGCAGAGGUUACAUUCCCGCAAUUAGGCACCAUGAGAGCAAACAAAACGAAGCAGACGAGUAUGGGAUGAGUGUUCUGACCCUAGCAGGGGAGAAUCGAGGCGCCAUUAUGGACCUCAGCCCAGCUCGCAAGAAGUAUGGCUUCAACAAUGGCACCCCACAGAAGCUCCAGACAGAACAGAGCGAUACAGAGAAAUCUGCUGGGAGCGGAAGUGACAACGAAAGAACACCUAAAAAUCCGAAUGGAAUGAAAAGAAGAUCACUGCCCAUGACGGCCUUCAUGAACAGCAAUGUGCAGGCAAUAAACAACUCAAUUCUGCACAACACUACUUGCAAUCACCAUGAUCCUGGAAUUCAUCUCAUCUUCUCCGGGAGAGAAGGCUUCAAGCCUCAUUAUCUCAAGGGCAGCCCAAAGACCAGAUAA